AUGAAGAAGCUGCGGGGCGCGCACCUCCCCAAGCCCCGUCACCCGGACCUGCUGAUGACCCCCAGUGACCAGGGGGAUGUGGACCUGGAUGUGGACUUCGCUGCAGACCGGGGGAACUGGACGGGCAAGCUGGACUUCCUGCUGUCCUGCAUCGGCUACUGUGUGGGCCUGGGCAAUGUCUGGCGGUUCCCUUACCGUGCCUACACCAACGGCGGAGGCGCAUUCCUGGUCCCCUACUUCCUCAUGCUGGCCAUCUGUGGCGUCCCCCUCUUCUUCCUGGAGCUCUCCCUGGGCCAGUUCUCCAGCCUGGGGCUCGCGGUGUGGAAAAUCAGCCCCCUCUUCAAAGGUGCCGGCGCCGCCAUGUUGCUCAUCGUGGGCCUGGUGGCCAUCUACUACAACAUGAUCAUCGCCUACGUCCUCUUCUACCUCUUCGCCUCCCUCGCCCGCGAGCUGCCCUGGAGCACUGCGAACUGGUGGAACACGGAGCGCUGCCUGGAGCACCGGGGCCCCCGGGGCGCCAACGGCUCGCUGUCCCCCAACCUCAGCAGUACCGUCAGCCCCAGCGAGGAGUACUGGAGCCGCUGCGUCCUCCACCCAGGCAGCCAGGGCAUCGGGCGGCCGGGGGAGAUCCGCUGGAACCUCUGCCUCUGCCUGCUGCUGGCCUGGGUCAUCGUGUUCCUCUGCAUCCUCAAGGGCGUCCGGUCCUCGGGCAAGGUGGUGUACUUCACGGCCACGUUCCCCUACCUCAUCCUGCUCAUGCUGCUGGUUCGAGGGGUGACGCUGCCGGGGGCCUGGAAGGGCAUCCAGUUCUAUCUCACGCCGCGGUUCCACCACCUGCUGUCCUCCAAGGUGUGGAUCGAAGCCGCCCUUCAGAUCUUCUACUCCCUGGGCGUGGGCUUUGGGGGGCUCCUCACCUUCGCCUCCUACAACACGUUCCACCAGAACAUAUACAGAGACACCUUCAUCGUCACUCUGGGCAACGCCAUCACCAGUAUCCUGGCCGGCUUCGCCAUCUUCUCCGUGCUGGGCUACAUGUCUCAGGCUGGUGUGCCUGUCGAUCAAGUAGCCAAAGCAGGCCCCGGCCUGGCCUUUGUGGUCUACCCCCAGGCGAUGACCAUGCUGCCGCUGUCGCCCUUCUGGUCCUUCCUCUUCUUCUUCAUGCUCCUGACGCUUGGCUUGGACAGCCAGUUUGCCUUUCUGGAGACCAUCGUGACCGCGGUGACGGACGAGUUCCCCUACUACCUGCGGCCCAAGAAGGCGGUGUUCUCGGGCCUCAUCUGCGUGGCCAUGUACCUGAUGGGGCUGAUCCUCACCACGGACGGCGGCAUGUACUGGCUGGUCCUCCUGGAUGAUUACAGCGCCAGCUUUGGGCUCAUGGUGGUGGUGAUCACCACGUGCCUCGCGGUCACCCGGGUGUAUGGCAUCCAGAGGUUCUGCAGAGACAUCCACAUGAUGCUGGGCUUCAAGCCGGGCCUCUACUUCAGGGCCUGCUGGCUCUUCCUGUCCCCCGCCACGCUCCUGGCCCUGCUGGUGUACAGCAUCGUCAAGUACCAGCCCUCCACCUACGGCAGCUACCGCUUCCCGGCCUGGGCCGAGCUGCUGGGCAUCCUGAUGGGGCUGCUGUCCUGCCUCAUGAUCCCCGCGGGCAUGCUGCUGGCCGUGCUGCGCGAGGAGGGCUCGCUCUGGGAGCGGCUCCAGCAGGCCAGCCGGCCGGCCAUGGACUGGGGCCCGUCGCUGGAGGAGAACCGGACCGGCAUGUACGUGGCCACGCUGGCGGGGAGCCAGUCCCCCAAGCCGCUGAUGGUGCACAUGCGCAAGUACGGGGGCGUCACCAGCUUCGAGAACACGGCCAUCGAGGUGGACCGCGAGAUGGCCGAGGAGGAGGAGGAGGAGUCCAUGAUGUGA